GACUUAUAUACUUAGACCUUAGUAUUUUCAUCACAAGAUCUGACAAGGGAAAAAAUACUGUUAUUUCCAUUAUAAUAAUGAAAACGUUGUUUUUCAUCCUUUUGAUUACUAAGAGCUAAAAGAAAGACACUUCUGUGAGAUUGUGAAUCAGAAAAGUUAUCAAAAUAGCCCUACUAACUGUGUAGUGAUACACUCAUUUUUUUAACAUGAAAGAUUUUGCACAAUGUUAUGUUCUUAAUACAUGUGUCUUUGACCUUUUUUUGUAUAACAGGUCAACACCCUUAAGAUGCUAAAUAAAUGAAGGAAGAGAUAAGGCAAAACAGAAAAUUAUAACUAAACACCAUGAUAACUGAAUCGUGACUUAAGAAGGAUAGUACAAAAUGGACUGCUCACUUUGCUUAUUUGCAUAUAUAUCUAUUUAUACCUUGUCUGAAACUGAGAAAGGUCAGUUGGUUUAUCUGCAAGGCUCACUUCAGAUUUAUUCUUACAGUGAUAGGAUUUAUCAUCAGAAUUAACAGAAUUUUUAAAAAAUAAAUGUGGCAAAUUUGCUGUCUUGGCUGCUGCAGUGCCAUCUCUGUGCCAUGUAAUAACAAAACUAUACAUAACCCUCCCCUUUUCUGUAGAGAGGAAGUAUUUCAGAGGAGACAAGCAGAUACAAAUGUUGAUGCGGGCUCUUUUUAGUCGGUUUUCUGCUUCUGUCCUUUUGCUGAUAAAAUACAAGCACUACAUGUUCCAACCAUGAAGAGCAUGCAACAACAAAAACUUAGAUUAACUCUGGUCUCCUUUUUAUUAACCUCUUCUUGGCUUGCUGAAGGUUUUCACAUCAGAUUAUCUGGGUCUGGGUCUACUGCUUGCUCUGGAAGAGUUGAAAUCUUCUCUGACAGUACCUGGGGAACAGUCUGUGAUGAUGAUUGGGAUCUGAAUGAUGCUGAGGUGGUGUGUAGACAGCUGAACUGUGGGACAGCACUCAGUGCUCCAGGAAGUUCCUUGUAUGGUGAAGGAAGAGACCCAAUCUUGCUGGAUAAUGUGGCCUGUUCAGGAAGUGAAAGGACUCUUACGGAGUGCCGGCACAAUGGAUUUAGGAACCAUAACUGUGGUCACAGUGAAGACGCUAGUGUGGUCUGCUCAAAUAUUCAGAUCAGAUUAUCUGGGUCUGGGUCUACUCCAUGCUCUGGAAGAGUUGAAAUCUUCUCUGACGGAACCUGGGGAACAGUCUGCGAUGAUGAUUGGGAUCUGAAUGAUGCUGAGGUGGUGUGUAGACAGCUGAACUGUGGGACCGCACUCAGUGCUCCAGGAAGUUCCUUGUAUGGUGAAGGAAGAGACCCAAUCUUGCUGGAUAAUGUGGCCUGUUCAGGAAGUGAAAGGACUCUUACGGAGUGCCGGCACAAUGGAUUUAGGAACCAUAACUGUGGUCACAGUGAAGACGCUAGUGUGGUCUGCUCAAAUAUUCAGAUCAGAUUAUCUGGGUCUGGGUCUACUCCAUGCUCUGGAAGAGUUGAAAUCUUCUCUGACGGAACCUGGGGAACAGUCUGCGAUGAUGAUUGGGACCUGAAUGAUGCUGAGGUGGUGUGCAGACAGCUGAACUGUGGGACAGCACUCAGGGCUCCCGGAAGUUCCCUUUUUGGUGAAGGUAGUGACCCGAUCUUACUGGAUGAGGUGGCCUGUUCAGGAAAUGAAAAAACUAUUACAGAGUGCCGGCACAAUGGAUUUAGGAACCAUAACUGUGGUCACAGUGAGGAUGCCGGUGUUGUCUGCUCAACCACUCACCUGAGAUUAACUGGGCCUGAGUCUACUCCAUGCUCUGGAAGAGUUGAAAUCUUCUCUGACGGUAGCUGGGGAACAGUCUGUGAUGAUGCUUGGGACUUAAAUGAUGCUGAGGUGGUGUGCAGACAGCUGAACUGUGGGACAGCAAUCAGUGCUCCUGGAGGUGCCCUUUUUGGUGAAGGAAGUGGCCUGAUCCUGCUGGAUGAAGUGGCCUGUUCAGGAAGUGAAGGAUCUUUAACUGCAUGCGAAGCUGCAGAGCUUGGAAAACACAACUGUAAACACAAUGAGGACGCUGGAGUGAUCUGUUCUGCAAGCCUCCCAAGACCCAGCAUCUCCAUGGCUCCUGUUGGUGAGGUUACCUGGGGUCAGGAUGUCAGCAUCACUUGUUCCACCACAGCUGAGCUUUUAGGUGGCACAUUCAGUCUGAAAAAAACCUUAGACUCAUUUUUUAUGAUCCAAACACCAAGUGCAGAGUCUGCAAUCUUCAUCAUCUCUCACGUGAGCUUUGAUAAUGAGGGGUCCUAUCAGUGUCAUUAUGAGAAAACUAUUUCAAGUCAAACCUUCAGCCCUGCUCCAAGUGACUCUGUCAGGCUCUCCAUUACUGUGAGACUGCAGCAGCCAAGCAUUUACCUAACCUCUCAUGACAGAGGGGUGGUCUGGAGUUCUGAAGGUGCAAGGGUCACAAGGGGUUACAGCUUUGUCUUCACCUGCUCCAUUAACAGCAGCUAUCCUGAAGGCCAAUUCUUUCUCCUCUCCUCUGGCUCCAACAUCAUUGCCUCCAAGCCAAGUGUCAACUACUCCGCCUCCUUUAACUUCCCGGUAGCUGAGUAUGAACACCAGGGAAACUACAGCUGUGUGUAUGAAGUUAAGCUGUCUUCAAGGAGCUUUAACUCCACUGAGACUGUGCCAAUCACAGUUGUUAUUAAAUUUUCUCUGUUACCCCUGGAGUCAUCAGUAGCUGCUGGCACUCUGCUGUUGCUGGUAGUAGCAUUGGUGGUGGUCUGUCUAGUCUGCAAAAGAAGACAGCAAGCUAAGCAACAUGGAACCCCAGACCAAAUCCAAAUGGCUGUCACAGCGACGACCUGCCAUGAUGACAUUGAUGAGGAUGACUAUGUGAAUGUGGAUCCAGUAGAAACCAUGAAGGAUCUCAAAGAUAGAAUGGGAAGAGUGGAGGAAGAUUAUAUCUAUGAAGAAUUAGAGAGAUCUGAGAAUGGGUGUGAGGCACAAGGCCUGAAUUCAAAUUUGAGAAUGGCCAAGGAGGUCUGUUUUAUUGUGCAUCAAAACAGACUAGAAGAAAAGGAGGAAGUAAACAGUGAAGAUGAAGAUGACUAUGAGAAUGUUGAACCAUUUCCUGAACCAGCUUGUGAUAUUUAUGGAAAUGAAGAUACUUAUCAGAACUUAGGGAUUUAGUUAUACUAAAGCAUUGUAGCUAUAAUGUAAAAUGAUUUCUCUGAGUGAAUAACAUAUUAAAAUCUUAGUCUUAACUAUUUCCUUUAAGAAUAAAGAUAAAUGACAAAUAAUGCCUAAAUCAUGAUCUAUGGAUCACAGUGUGAGCUAAGCAUGCUAACCCAGUCGUCCACAGCAAUCCCAAUCAUUUCAUGAAGCAGGUAGCUCCUUUUGAUGUGAGGAGAAGCGGCUCUUCUCUGAGCUCUCUUCAAAUGUCUGACCCUCUCACCCUAUCUCACUUUGGACAGUUGUUUCUUUAAUUUUGUCAUCAAAUGUCAUAAUCUUUAGACAUUGUGCUAUUUUCAUUUUGUCAGUGAAGAAAAACAGUUUUGACACAAUAGUUAUAAUAUUUUUUGCAAAGAGUAUGGAGACUGCAUUACAUACUGAGUACUCAAUUUAAUGAAGUAUACAGGUCAGCAAGUAAUGAAUGCUGGUUUGGCUGUGCUUAUGUGCUUAGUGUAAAUGAAAAACCGGGGACAUAUAUUACAUUUUAUUGUAAAGUGCAUUGUUGUUUCAGAAAACUUGAAAAUAGACUUUUAACUUAAUAAAUGAAUUUUUGUUUUGUCUAUUUGUUUGUUUGUAUAAUUGAAAUAUUGUCAUUACUGACUUUUCUAGACCUACAACGAGCUUUAAAGUUCAGUUUAAGUUCUGUAAAAUAAACCUUUA